AUGAGGUGCUCUCUCUGUGAAGGCGACGAAGAACACCGCAAAGAAGAUGAAUGGGAUAGUCAGAGAGCAAUUAUCACAGGAGCUUCAAGGAAUGCUUGUGGCCUUGCCGAAGCUGAAGCCGAAGCCGAAGCCCAGAGACAUCCAGCAAUAAAGGCUUGCGAAAUUGGUACUUCAUUGUUGCAGGCAAAAGGAGUGAGACCUAGGGCUCCUGAGAAUGGGAGGUGGGGGGGUAAGGAAUUCUUGCAAGCCUUAGGAGUAGAAUGGUGUGGUAGUGCGGAGUUGAGAGCCCUAUGGAUUACCUGGAUUCCUCCAAUUAAUGGUUGGUUGAAGUUAAAUUGGAUGGGGCAUUUAAGGGUGGUGGAAGAAGAUAGAGGAGAAAGGCUUAGAUUGUGGAGGGCGACAGAGAUGAUUAGAAAGGCUUGUUGA